AUGGACACCAUGAUUUCCGGUCGGAUCUUCCUGAAUCGUCCCAAGGUGCUGGCCCCUGCACGCGCGUCGCCGUGCCUCGCCGUCUCCUCCGUCGCUCAGAGUGUGGGAGCCGAGCGCCGAGCGGGAACCGAGAAUGAAGAUCUAGAAAACACCAAGGUGACCUCUCUAGCAGCUUCUGCCUCUGAUCCAGAGCCCCAUUCCUCACCGUACAGGCCACAGACGGGGUCUCCAGGGAGUGAGGAUGCUACAGAAGACCUGCGGAAGACAGCUGGUGCCUUGGAGGCGCAGGCCUUGGUGGAACAGGAGGUGCUGCCUGCAGACCGGGCCCAUGUCCUCAACAAGAUGGCCAAGUACCAAGUUCCACAAAGGUCCGGGGACAUCGUUAUGAUCCAGUCUGAGCACACAGGAGCUAUAGACAUCCUUUCAGCUGACUUGGAGUCUACAGAUCUCUUGGGGGAUCACAGGAAAGUGUCCCCACCUCUGAUGGCUCCUCCGUGUAUCUGGACCUUUACCAAGAUAAAGGAAUUCAAAAGCAAGCUGGGCAAAGAGAAGAACAGCCGUCUGGUGGUGAAGCGGGGCGAGGUGGUGACCAUCCGGGUACCUACCCAUCCAGAGGGGAAGCGCGUUUGCUGGGAGUUUGCGACUGAUGACUAUGACAUUGGCUUUGGAGUUUAUUUUGACUGGACCCCUGUAACCAGCACUGACAUAACUGUGCAGGUCAGUGAUUCCAGUGAGGAUGAGGAUGAAGAUGAGGAAGAGGAGGAAGAGAUUGAAGACCCUGUCCCAGUUGGAGAUGUAGAGAGAGGCUCCAGGAGCUCCCUUCGAGGUCGCUAUGGGGAAGUCAUGCCAGUGUACCGGCGAGACAGCCACCGAGACGUGCAGGCUGGCAGCCACGACUACCCCGGCGAGGGCAUCUACCUGCUCAAGUUUGACAACUCCUACUCCCUGCUCCGCAACAAGACUCUCUACUUCCACGUCUACUACACCAGCUGAAGGCCCGCCGGGCCAGGGGGCAGGUGCGUGUCCACGGGCGGGAGCAGGCCGCCAGCUGGGGCCUCUCGUUUUGGUAAGGCUGGAGCUAAAAGUUGAGUGUGGGGCUCCUGACCCUCACGUCCUGCCUGGCAUGCCUGACUGUUGACCCCACGUAGCUUUUCCACCUUCUUGGCUUCUCCAGAUGGUGGUGUAGUGCUCCUGUCCUGUGGUCCCCGACUCCCACUCCUCUUGCUUCAGACUCCAGCAAAGUCCCUCCAUGAAGGAGCCCAUCAGGCAAAAGCCUAAAGGGUAGUUGGGUGUUAUCUUUUUAAAAAAGGUUUGUUCUGGUACAAGGUAUUAUUCCAGUUGCUGCUCCCUCCUCUCCCAGAGCCUGUAUUGCAGAUGUGUUUAGUGGCACCCACUCUUCACCUUUUGAAAGUGCUGGAAGAGGAAAAGCACAUUGUCCAUGAAGGAACCCAGUCUUUUGGAUGGAGAAAGCUCUGUCCAGCCUCUCACCACUGCCAUAUUCCCACCUGCUGGCUCUUCAUGGUCUGUGGCACAGGCCGGGAGCCCUCACUGCCUUGGGAGGGGUGCUCGUAGUCCGGAUCGUUCGACUCUGCCUCAUGCCCUCCUCUUGCCUGCCCCACGUCAGUGUCCUUGUCCUCCCAGCAGGAGCGUCCGCGCAGCCUAAGUGAGAUCUCCAUCUCGCAGUCUAAGAUCCACAGGGGAGAAACUGCCUCCGUCACCUCCUGCUUCAGGAGGUAGUGUCCCUGAGCGAGGGUGCUGACAGCUGAAGGGGAAAAGGCGGGAAUUAGGUACUAGAUUGAUCUCAGAAUCCACAUCUUUGAAAGUCAAGUGUUACUGAAUUACUAUUUUUUGUAUAAUCAAAGAAGGGGUAUAAUCUAAGAGACAAGCUUAAAAAACAAAAAACACUCCAGAUUCCCCGCCAGUCUUCUUUAUCUUGAGGGUAGGAAUGUUCUUUAGAAAUUUUGCUUCAGAACCAAUCCGAUUUUGAGUUUCUGAAUUUAGGUUUCUUGCAUUGAGGGCUUAAACCUUUUGGUGUUCAAAGUCUCUUAGAAAAGGUAGUAAUGAAGCUUCACUGUUGCUGAUUGAAAGUCUCUUAGAAAAGGUAGUAAUGAAGCUUCACUGUUGCUGAUUGGGUUGGUUCUUUCCCAAGCCAAAGCUUGCAUUUCCUGGGUCUUAGCCUUCCCCGCUCAGUUAGUCCUGAGGCCCGGGAGUGCCCCGGGAGGGGAGAGGGGCUGCAGUCAGCAGCCAGAGCGCGGCCGGGUGGCCGGGCCUGGGGCACAGGGGACCACUGUGGUUGUCUGUACCUCCUUGUUUCUUUUUCCUUGUGUCAAGUCUGUUACUGCCUUAGAAUUUUGAGGAAUAAUUCGAUUUAUUUAUUACUUUAUUUAUUUAUUUUUGGACACAUUUCAUUUUGCCUCUGAAACACUUUCCACCUGUUUCUUAGAAGGCUUCCGUCUGCUCUGAGCCAUUGAAGCCACCUCUUCUGUGGUUAGGUGAUGACUUUAGGAGAAGCUGGGAAGUGAUAAUUCCCUUCCUGCAAGUCAGUCCUGGGAUGCGUUGGGAGGACUCCACCCUUCUGGGGUGGAUGAGGCCACCCUCCCCCAGCGUUCCCUGUGAGGAGUUCUAGGCUGUGAGGGGCCCUGCCGGUUCAUCCAGGAUUGAGUGUGGAGGAAUUGACUUGACAGUCGGGGAUAUCUGAGGAUUCCGGGAUUUCAAAGUCCUUUGCCUACUCUGAGGAGUCCUCUUCCUCAUGACGUUUCCCUUGGCUCGUUCCUUCCUUGUGCAGGGGUCUGACACCAAGCCUGUCCUCCCUACGGGAGCAGGAACUCGACCAGGGCUCCUCACAGUAGCACCUCUGUCCCCAACAAAGGGCAACACAGCCUGUACCUUCUGUUCCUCUGGGAGCGGAGCCCCGGGAGGGUCGGAUGUUGUGGACUGAGUAGCGUCAUGUCACCGUUGUGUUGUAUUUCAGUGCAUUUUGUAGAAGACUGCACUGGCCAACGGGUAUCUGCCUCGUAAGAAAUUAGAGAUGAUUUCAGUGACUGUUUGGGGAGCGGAAAGCAAACUCGCUGUGCAUCAUCUAAUUAUGAGAUAAACUGAGCGAGCACUCUUUCAGCAUGAAGUUGAAUCCUGCCUUAGCUAAUUGAGUCGAAUCUCUAUAAAAUGAUUUUCUGUGGAGCCUAUGCCUCAGUCAGCUAAAGCCUUGCUUGUUUUUCCUGUUUAUUAUUAACUUCUGGAUUUCUCUUAAAAUGGAGCUGUCGGGCCCUAGCAAGCUUCCUGGGACAACACACACUCUUUGUUUAUUUUUGCCGUGAGUUUCUCUGUACUUAUUUUCUUUGGCAUCCUAGUCCUGGUGCAUCAGGGAAGCCCAAGGGACCUGUUCCCAUCACCUCUGUGUGCCUCUUUUUGUCUGGUCACUUUUGAAGUCCUGGACGUUGUUACAUUUCACCCUGCACAGGCAUUUUUUUGUUCCAUUAGCACAAAAUGGCUAAAAGAAGAUAUUUUCACUGUCUACUCAUUUACUCUUCUCCUAUUAGGUUUCUGCAAUCAUUGAAGUUUAGGGACCAAAUAUUAUUUGCAGAAGCACGUGUAAUUACUGAGAAUUUCAGAGCCCCGCGAAUCCUCAGAGGUCAUCUUUUCCCUAAUUUCUCCUUGUCCAAGUUCAUGGAACCAAACAAUGAAAUCAAAGUCCUUUGCUUCCCCCUGACCCUGUUCUCUGCAACACAAAUAAAUACUAACAGACAGAAGAGAGUGCUUUGUAGUGGGAGAGAGAUCAAAAUUCUCUACACAGAGUAGCUGACUUCAUAAAUUUCUUCAGUCUGUUUAGCUUUGCCACUCUGUUGAGAGAUGGGGCUUUCAGAAAGGAGAACAUGUUUAAAGUGUUAAUUUUUUCUAAUAUUUUAUGAUAAAGAAUUUUCAGCAUGCAGAGAACUUAAAAGUAGAGUGAGGGUUAAGUGUGAGGCUGCUCUGGAAAGAUUUUGUUCUAAUCUGCUGCUUUAUGACAGGUCGUCAGGACUCCAGAGUUAAAACUCAAUCCUCAGACAAUGUAUAGCUUUAUAAUGGGGUAGGUAACAACUUGAAAGAAGGCCAUUCAUGUAUUUUAAAAAUAUUUUUUAUCUGUUAUUUAGGAAAGGAAAUUUCAGACUUUUAAAAACUACAUAUUUCACCCUACUAUGUGCAUAAGAAACGAGUUAAAUCUGAGAGUUCUCUGUCUUGUGUUAAUCAGUGGGACUCAAUAUUACUGUAAAACUUACCAGUUAUAGAAAAUAUCUGAGUUUUGACAUUUUUGAUGAGCACUACCCAGUUCCUCUUUGAAACAGUUAGGCAAAAGCUCAAAUCCUAAAGUCAAUGUCUUUAGUUUUAAAGACCACUUUUCUGCAAAGAGGUGCCUUUUAACUCCAAAGUAUAUGAUUCUAAAGUAUAGAGUUGAGUGGCCCUAACAUUUACAUAAAGGACAAUUGUCUUAGUGGAGGGAGAAGGAGGGGCCUGAGUGAAAGAGUUUAGUGCAGUUUGGGGAUUGCCUUUUAAAACUGAUAGAAAGGCAGGGGGGCGGGAAGAGUAAAAUGAGGGGAAGAGAGAGAAGCUAUCACAUGUCUCCUGGAGUUUUGCUCCCAUCCCAACUUUGUUUAGUUCUUUAGUCUGUACUUCAUUAGUCGUACUUACUUUAUUCAACUGUUGUUGAAGCCAGAAGCCUUGCUGGUUCUCAUCGUGCUUGUUGGAGAAACUUCCAAACCCCCUUUGUUGUUUUUUCCAACAGGAUCGACUUUAGGAAUGUUUAUGAGUAGGUCUUCUCUACUAAGUGUAAUCCCCUGACCUGGGGCUGGAUUUCAUCUCUGUGUUCUCUGGGCCGUGGAGAAAGAUGGUGAGACUAGAAAGAGGCUGGGAGGAGGUGAAGCUGUGUCCCUCCAGCUCCCGUUGGUUUUGACUUGGCCAAGAAAGGGGUGAAAUCAGUUAAUUUUGACCAACAUUACAGAAGGGCCUCAAGCCACAGGCGUAUGUUUGCGAACCAGCUGUGCCCCUGCAGGCUGACCUCCGUGUGAGGUAUAGGAUCACGGUCUUCUCGAACCUGUGUGGGACGGUCACACACACAGCCGGAAAUGGAACAGUUUGUUCUCCUUUUAAUGAGCUUCCAUUUGGAAUUUCUCCUGGGCCUAAAAGGUCCACAUCAACCUCUUUAGCUAGUCUCUUUCCACCUGGCCCAAAAUGUAGAACUCCUGGAAACCUGAACUUGCUGGAAAAGGGAAGAGCGCCAUCUCAGUGCUCUCGGUGGUUGAAGAGAGUUGGACAAUGAGUUUCUGUCUGAAGGGAAGUAAUUUCAUUUCUUUUGUUGUGGGGGGUAGCACAUUAGGGGAUUCAUGCUCUUUAGAGAGCAAGUCGUUUUAAUUGUGUUUGUGCUCAGGACGCCAUGAUGCAUGAUUGUCUGGGAAGUGAGUAGGGAAUGGGUCUCUAGAAGCAAUCACAAGCUAGGUGCCCUCCAGUAACCCAGUGUGUGGUGAGCAUCUUUAUGGCCAGAGUCCCAGUCUUCAUGCAUGGAGUCCAUCCCUAGGCCCUCAUUUCCACACACCUGAGAGGUAAAGAGAGUCCAGGCUCCCUCCAAUUCUCUAUGAGUCUUAAUUAUUUACAAUAACACUUAGCUUUACUAAGUGUUGUGUGGCCAGAUUUCAUUGCUCUGGCCUAAACCAGAAAGGCCGCACAAAGCCCCAGCUGUUUGAGUCUCUUGACAUUAAGCUAAGAAAACCCAACUGCCGAAGGCCUUGAUGGAGUUCAUUUAUCAAGAGUUAUUCCCUCACAAACAAAGUCCAUGUAUGAUGCUGGCUUUGAAAUUAUUUGUGGUCCUGGUCACUGGUUUGAACUCAUGAUCUAAUUACCAUUAUAUGUACUUUGAUUUCUCCUAGGCCCCAGGCAUGUGGACCAGAAUUAAUGUCAUGGCUCUUCCUUACUCUAAGACGUGAGGAGAAAGUGCCCCAGAAAUCUAGAUAUACAGGCUUCUUUAUUAAAUUCCACAGUUUUCUUUCACUUAAAGUGCUUAUCUAAGGGUAAAAUAAUAUACGUGAAAUGACUUCCAGGGGACAAAGUGCAUUUUCUGUAAGUUCUGAUAUAGGGUCGUGAACAAAUCUGAAGUUUAGGUUUGGAGUAUUCUAGCAUCUAGGGUUCCAGAAGAGCUCUUAGCAAACAGUUUAAAGAGUUCUCUUCCUGAACUCACUUCUUCACUCAGGUUUGAAAUAUUUCUGUCUAAAAUGUUCCUUGUUAGUGUUAUUGUUGACUUUUAGGUUCAGGCUGACAAUUGUCUGGAAAACAUUAUCUUAAUUCCUUCUCUCAUGUCCUAAGUAGUACAUUGUACUAAGAAAUUACAUAUUAAAAACUCUACUAAGCUCCAUUUCUGAGAUUAUUGUCCCAUAAAUGGAGUUGUUUUCAUUUAAUCAAGUUGAAUUAUGUCCAUUUAGCCAUGUUCAAGAGCAAGUAAAAUCUAGAGAAAGCAAUCCUGUAACCCAUGGAUUCUGGUGUACCCAUUUGGCCUUAAUAAUGGGAAACGCUUUGAAAUUCCCAGGCGAAAGUUGCUUUGUAAUCAGAGUGAUGGAAGAUGAGGAAGCCCGGCCCUGGGUAACGAUAACUGGGAUAGCAGGAGGUGCUUGCAGACUUCCUAAACUACUUUGUGCCGUUUAACUUCUCUUUCUGAGAGGCCUGCUUUGGUGCUGUGCACUGAGGUCUGUCAGUUGAACAACGACGCUUUCUUGGCAGAUUGGCCACCACAAAGGCAUCCUUUCCUUAUUCUCCGUCAUGCUCUGACGCUGAUGUUACCAAAAAGGGGUCUGAAAGGGAAACACAAUUUUUUCUUUAAAGUACAAAAGUAGCCCAGCCAGUCAUUUAUUGCAGUCAUCUUGUUUUAUGGGUCCUGUAUCAUGAGAAAUGCUGUCAACAGUUCCUAUGAUUUCUGAGAGCUCUGUACCAAAUUGUUACUCAAUUGUUAUGUCCUGCUGAGUGGGUUUUCCUUUAAAAUACCUUCUCUUACACCCUGUGGCACUGAAUGUGUUGCUGAUACACAGAUGAUCCUGAGCUGUGGUUCUUUAUAAAGCUCAGUUCUUGUGUUUUUAUAUUCUGUAACUGUUUUGUGAUGCUUUUGUGCAUUCUUUGUCUUCUCUUCCAAGUUUUGAAAUCUGUCCUAAAUAAACUUUUUCACUAUGCACCUGAAA